CUUAUACAUAAUAGGCUGGUCCAUGCAAUGGCAGAGCCAUGUGAACCUUGGUGCAUGGUGUCUUCGACCUUCACGUGAAAUCGCAAUCAUUUAGCUGAAGAAAACUGUUAUUCGGUAUGUCGGACGACAAGUGGCACUGGAUGAGGGAUGGUCCACCAAAGAAGGACGCACAGAAGGGAUUCUUCUCCAGUCUAGCGGACGCUGUCCGAGGGAAAGGCCCCAGUCCUGACAAGGCUUCCCGCAUGGUUACCAGCAUUUCCAAGGUGUAUGCCCUCGGUGCAUGGACGCUGUGUGUGGCCGCUGGUGUGCACUGGUAUUACCAUAGAAAAGACAAACCAAUAAGUGACGACAAUAUCUCAAGUACAUCGGCAGAGACACCCGAUAAGAGGUGGGAGAAGAAGACAAUUGUAGGGACGUUCACUUAUGAACAGUUCAGACCGUCAGAUACCAAUCCAAACAAGUUGCGAUUAUUAAAGUGGAAAAUCAUAGCCAAACUAGAUGAGUGGUGGAACGGUGAUGCCAAUGUGGACAAGAGACCUGCAGACCAAAACAAGGGGACAACAUGAAGACUGUACUGGUUACCAUAUACCAUGGGUAUCAGACAUCCUAUGGAGACUUCAGCUUUGAUGCAAGUCUGCAGAAGAAAAUUGUUGUUGACAAAAAAGAAAUGUCCAGAUUUUUUAGGCUAUUGUAUUGAUCUGACAAUGAAGUAUUUUGUUCUUCAGAAUCUGCCCCUAAAAGACAAUGAUGCUAGAGAAACAGAAUCAGCACUGCUGCGGCCAUUACAAUCUACCUAGCCUGGUUAACUCAUGAUCGUUAAGAGCGGAGAGGGGGAUAAAGCAUAAUAACUGUAUUGUUUUUGUUUGUUACCUAGAGGCACUGUCAUCUUGGUUUACUGUAAAUUGAGGUCAUAAAGAUAGACACUUCUGUUGCAGGAAAGGUUACUUUCCUCUAUCUCAAUAAAAUAUGAAACAGAUGGGUACUGUAUUAGUACUUUUUCUUUUCAUUUAAUGUUAGUCAACAUAAU